UCUUCUAUAAUCUUGACCAUCGAGAUGACGGAGAAGGAUAAAAGUAUUUACAUGGCCAAGUUAGCGGAGCAGGCAGAACGUUACGAGGGUAUGUGUGUUCUGUUAGAAUGCAGAGUUGAGCUGAGUUAAGCUAGUUUUUGGAUCUCGGGCUUUGCUGUUUAACUGGCCAGUGUCCUACAAUUUCAUCUGUUUUUAUUGUGCAUUAAUGAAAAUUAUUUCUCUUGGGAAUAGCGAAAUCUUCUUGAUUAAAGUUAGCCCCCGAUUUCGGGGUAGUUUGACAUUUGUUGGUAUUGCACGGCCAGGUAUAUAUUUCAAAACAUUGGAUGACAUCUUUGUUUACCUCAGUAUGCUGUCGCUAUGUAUAAUCCAUAGCAAUAUCUAUUACGUGUUUGACGGAUGUGAAAGGCCGUGUCUACUGCCUUUUUCAGAAAUGGUAAAAGAAAUGAAGAAAGUGGUCAAUGCCGGAGAACCUCUCACCGUAGAGGAACGCAAUUUGUUGUCAGUAGCCUUCAAAAACGUUAUUGGUGCAAGAAGAGCUUCUUGGCGCGUUCUGUCAAGUGUAGAAAAAAACCAAGAAGAGUCCCAUGACGAAAAAUCCCCAAAUAAACUACAAUCAAUCAAAGAAUACAGACAAAAAGUUGAAAAGGAAUUACGAGAAAUUUGCGAGGAUAUUUUAAAGUUGCUAGAGAAAACACUCGUCCCCAUGGCGGUCGAUACAGAGUCGAAGGUCUUUUACAAUAAAAUGUAAGUACAGUACUGUACAGCCCAUAGUUAGACUUUUUAUUUUAAUAUUUAACAUAUUUUGCUACUUUUAUUCCGUCAUUAAAAACUGUUUUGGUGGAGAAAAUAGCAGGCCCCUGACCUGUCGAGAGCCCCUAGACAUUUGUUAUUCUUUUUACAUCUACCCUUUUGAAAAGUGUUAACUUGCGUUCAAGUACUUUAUCAGAACGAGAACGUUGUAGGGUUUACCCGUUGUAGGAAUGUUCCGUUUUUUCCUAUAUAUUUUUUCUGUCUGGUUAUUGUGCCCAGUAUCCAGUGACUAAAUGAAAUAAGUUAGGGAAAGCUUUCCUUACAACGCCAUCCAUUAAUUAUUUAGUGCUUCUUCAAAUAGAUGUAAAAUUUAACACUAAACAGUUUAUUUUGUCGAUGAAGUAUUAGAGCAGCUAAAACGUAAUUGUUGAUACACUAUUUAACUUUGAAAGGCUGCUUCGUUUUGUGAUAGAAUAUCUUUAAUUUCUAAGCCUUUGCAUGUUGUAACAUUUAUAAUUUUUCAAAUGCUAACAUUAGCAGAAAUGAUUUACCCAAAUUUAAAGAGUUUUGUGGGAGACACCAUGUUGGAUAGGCACCAACAUAGUGGCCAGAAAUUAACCGAAACACCUGUCGCAGAGUUUUCCUACGAAAGCAUGAAUUCGUCUCUCAAGGCACUCAUAAACAUUAAAGCAAUACUUUUUCUAAUACAAUAACCGUUCUGAUGGCAAAAUCCCCCAAAAUAAGUCACUUUUUUAACCUACACAUCAGCUCUCUUGGCCCCCAUAAUAUACAGAUGUUUCGGUUAAUUUCUGGCCACUAUGUUAGUGCCUAUCCAACAUGGUGUCUCCUACAAAGCUCUUUGAAUUUGGGUAAAUCAUUUCUCCUAAUAUUAACAUUUGAAAAAUUGCACUGACCUGAAUCUUGGCAAGGGCCUUUACAUUUCAACCUUCUCUCAUUUCCCUGUUUCUCGAUUUCAUCUAUUGAAAAGUUUAGAUUUCAAUUUUUGUUGGUGUGACAGUGAAAACAAACAAUAGGGCCGAUGGCAUUUGGAAAACUUGCAUAAUUCAAUCAGUAAUAUCGUCUUUUUAUUAUUCAAAAGUUUUAGUCAAUCAUUGAUUGUACAGGUCUUUCAAUAUACAAAUGCAUUAAUUAUAACCCCCUUUUCGUUAACAGAGGUCAGCUCUAGAUCCAAGCAUACUACCUUAUGCGAAAGUUGCAUGUUAAUGAUUUUGUUUUGGCUGAGGGGCGCCUGAGUUUUACAUUAGAGACCUCAAGAUUGAGGUUUUUUGGCAUUUUGGGGAAUCGUGAAUUUCAAAAAGUCACAUUACCAGGGCCUUGCUGUCAGGUUUGCAGUUUGAGGUUCAUGUUUGUAGGUCUAGACCAUGCUCCAGAAAAAAGUGAUUUACUGCAAGGUUUUCUGCACCCUAAAACAUCACAAUCCUACAUUUGAGAAGAAACUCUUCUAAUUUAUAAGACAAUUUCUCAGCCUAAAUAGGAGUAAGUGGAUGAAUGAAAGCAAACAUGGCAGCCACGAGCUACCACCUGUGAAUCUUACAGUACCGCUCAAAAGUAGGUAGACACUCAAAACUCGAGACUCGAUCCUCACAUCUCGAAGCUCGAACGCUUCGAGUUUCGAGAUGCGAGGAUCGAGUCUCAAGUUUCGAGGAUCCAAGAAGCUAGGUUUUCUGAAAGAACAAUGUUGUACAGUCACGUAGCCAUUCAGAUAUUCGCACCGUCGAUCAGUGCUUGCUGUGCGGUGUUCUGUAACUGUUUGAAUUGUCGGGGUUCGGCAAGCUUUCAUUAAGUGUAAAACGAUGUUUUCAUUUUCGAAGAUUUAUCCUGCAUGUACAGUGUAUGUAGCCUUUGCUUGCCAUGUUCUGAGAUUUUCGCAGAUGAACAGUGCCGCUCGGCAAUUCAUUCUGUGAAUUAAGGUUGUCAUGGUUUUAUGCAAAUCUUGAUGAAGAUUACAACAUUUGAGUUGUUAAAUUUGCUUGUUUGGCAAGCUUUAACUUCUUUUGUGUAAAGGCGGUUUAGGACAUGUAGCCUUUCACUUGAUAAUUUGAAAACUUGGCGAUUCCGGGGCUUGUCGCGCAUUUGGUGUAUGUAAUAAUGUUCAUAAAGCCAUGAGAAACUACGUUUGUUCUAGAAAGCGAAAUUUUCACGUGCACGUUCAGUCGAUACCAUGGCUUGUCACACUGUUACUGUUUGUAAAUAGGCAAAUCUACGAUUAGUCACACAAUAAUUUCACGGAAAACUUUAUUUGUAACAAAAAGUGACUUUUUCACGAGCAUUUGAGUUAUUAAAUUUUUCAUUAGUCAAUUUCACAUAAUAAUUAGGUUACAUAAAUUAUUUAUGUAACCUUUCAUUCGCCAUGUUCAUUCGAAAACACGGCUCAGCGACUCCGUGAAUUAUAAAACUGGCUUUUAUGCAAAUCUAGCUGAUGUCACCGGAAACUUUGUUUGCUGAGGCGAGAUUUUAACACAUGAUCAUUUGAAUAUUGAAAAAAAGGUCCAAACUCGUUUUGUUCAAACAACAGAAAGUGACAAGGAAUGCACGAGCACAGGCACUCUGCAAAAAAUUGGAAAAGUAGUUGUCACGUGAUUCGGAGUUUGACAGACAGACAGACCUCCUGGUAUCGAUUUGUGAGAUAGAUAAGAUCUAGUUUUCAGAUCGAAGCGUGUGAAGCUGUGAUCUUGUUUUGGAACGACUAAAGAAGAUUUAUGGUUGAAAAAUUUGGUUUGAGUACAUUUAUCUACAGAGUCGGUUAGUUAUUGUUCGCUUUCAAACAGAGGCUCUUUUUACCACUAGACUGACGUAAGAACGAUGGAAAGUCAAAAAGAAUUACGGCUGUAUGCUGUGCACGAGUGAUGUUAAUAUGGUGGUUUCUAGUACGGGGUUGUUUCUUUGUUGUUUACUUUUUGAAAGCUAUUACAUAUAUGUAUCUUGCCUGCCUUCACUUCUAAAAAGCAAGUUUCAAAAGGACUAUUAGCAAGAGACCAGAAGCAAACAUUUUCGCCUUCAAAACGUGAGCUUCGCUUAUGCAAAAGUGAACAAGUCUCACCCAAUGCACGGAGCUGUGAUUUUUAGAAUGAAAGGUAAGUGUACACUUUUAGAGGGAGCGCUUUCUCGACUCGAAAUUUAAAACUCGAUCCUCGAUCCUCGAAACUCCAGACUCAAUCCUCUAGAUGCAAGACUCUAUCCUCGAAAGUUUCGAGAAUCGAGUCUCACGUCUCUCAAUUUACUUUUGAGUGGUACUGUAAGUCCCAAAUGUGGGCAGACAGGUGACGUGAAACCGCUAACCACAAACCGCAGUCUGUCGUAUGCAGUAAAAUGACCAACGUGGAUCUUAAGGUCUCUAUUCACUCACGUAUCCUUAUGAGGGAACCCUUGGUAUAAGCUUCUCACGCUCAUGAGCAUUAACUUGCACUGUUAUUCUAUCAAUUCUCAAUGUCUUUAUGUGUAUUUGCGCUACUAGUAUCUUUUUCAUGAGCAGUGGGGUGGUUUAAAUUUCCAUAUAAAUAUAGAAUAAAUAAUGAUUAUUUUUAGCUUGCCCAGGGUUUGAACUUGCUUACGUGUGACCCGUUAUAUCAGAUGAGACUCUGAAUAUUAGUCCACUGGUAUAUUUUAAGUCUGUCAAAAAGGAAAAUUGGGUUUUACGCAAAAAAAAAGGACCAAAAAAAAAAGAAAAAAAAGGUUUUUCUUGUGAGACUGACCUGCCUCAAUUAGUUUGCUACCUGCAGGUCAGUGGGAUUGAUUGUGAAUAGUUUAUUAUAUAUAAAUUAAGUUUGUGGUAGGUGGGCCUUGAAAGUGUAAUGUGGUCCAUUAAAAGUCCUUGAUAUGUCCUUAAAAAAUAAUUAUUGCAAAUUUUUGUAUGAACCCUGUGGUAGGAUUUUGGUGGUCAGGGUGAUCAUUCAUUUAGUUCGCUAAUGGUGUGAGGUGCCAAGUAUCCCACAUAAAAUUCAAAAUUCAUGUAUGUGCUGGCACUGAUGAUGGUUUUAACUUUGCAGGAAAGGCGAUUACCAAAGAUAUAUGGCUGAAUUUAGUACAGACAAAGAAAAAAAAGAGGCUGCAGAGAAGGCACUUGUGGCAUACAAGGACGCCACUGAUUUAGCAAAAGAUUUAGAAGCCACUCAUGCUAUCCGUCUGGGUUUGGCCCUCAAUUUUUCAGUCUUCUAUUACGAGAUCCUUAACUCACCACCACAGGCCUGUAAACUGGCCAAACAAGCUUUUGAUGAGGCUAUUGCCAACCUUGAUUCACUUAAUGAAGAUUCUUACAAAGACAGCACACUGAUUAUGCAGCUUCUUAGAGAUAACUUGACACUUUGGACUUCAGAUACACAAGGGGAAGGUGAGUUGCAACACUGCUGCAAUCCUAGCCUGCAAAUACAGCUGUCUCUCUUUGCUCCCCGUUGCUAG